UUUUUUUUUUUGGUUAUUUUCUAUUAGAGUAAUUUUGAUUAGGUAUACUAUAACUCACAAUUUCCCAUUAAUUCAUUGAUUUAUAUUCUCUCAUUAUUCGAGCUAAGUCGUUCGGGCCAGUCAGGCAAGAUGGGCCAUUGUUUGGGCCACAAACGAGACAUUGAUGAAAGCCCAAUAGAACAUCACAAAACCGAAAAGAAAAAGAAAGAAAAAAGAAACAAGAAAAAGAAUAAUCAGAGACAGGCUUCGAUCCUGUGACCUGUGGGUUAUGGGCCCAUCACGCUUCCGCUGCGUCACUCUGAUUUGUUAUUUUAUUUAUAAAAUUCAGUUGCCCAGAACAUCAAUGUAGGGGCAUUUUCGUCACACCGGGAGGACAAAACUUUCUAACGACCAAUUUCAAACGCAAUUCUCAUCGACGUAUCCAAAGCCGCCACGUGUUAACCAUUUUCCCGCCAAAUUAAAACCGUUCAUCAAAUCUCUCUGUUUAAUAAACCAAUUCUGAAGCUUAAACAAACACAGCCGCCAUUAAUGGCUUCCUCCACACUCUUCAUCUCUCUCAUCCUUCUCUCUUUCUUCUCUCUUUCUUCCACUUUACCCUCAGAAACCGUCCUCGACGCCGCUGAAAUCUUGUCCGACAAUGGCUUCGUCUCCAUGGCUCUUACGCUUGAGCUCAUUGCCGAAUCCUUGCUCUCUCAGUCAAGUUCUAUCACAAUCUUCUCACCUUCAGACACUGCUUUCGUUCAAUCGGGUCAGCCUUCGCUCUCUCUCCUUCGAUUUCACUUCUUGCCGCUCUACUUAUCUCCCGAAAGCCUCAGAUCGCUCGCAUCAGGCACCAAGAUCCCCACGAUGUUGCCUGCUCGAUCGCUCACGGUAACCUCUUCUCAAUCUGAUUCCGUAAUUUCUUUGAACAGAGUAAAGAUUAGUAGCUCGCCGUUUUACGAUGACGGUUCGCUUGUUGUUUAUGGUAUCGAGAAGUUUUUUGACCUAAAAUUUCAGAAUCCGAGUGUAAAAUUUCGGUGUGGUUUAUUGACGGUUAGGAAUCCGUUUGGUGAAGCGAUAGAAACCCUAAGGUCUAAUGGAUAUUCGUCUAUGGCGUUGUUUCUUGAAUCUCAAAUUCUAGGGUUUAAUAAUGGUCAAUCGUCGACGAUGACCGUGUUUGCUCCUUCCGAUGAUGCAUUGGCGACUCGCGUUGAUAACUUCACCGAUUAUCCGUCUCUGUAUUUUCGCCAGAUUUUGCCAUGUAGAAUGGCAUGGAAUGAUCUAGUGAAUCUUGAGGACGGAACAGAGUUAUCAACAUAUUCUGAAGGAUAUACAAUAUAUGUAGCGAAAUCAAGCGGAAUGUUGAGGAUGAAUGGAGUUGCAGUGUUCUAUCCUAACAUGUAUUUGAACGAGUGGCUCGUUGUUCAUGGCCUUCUUGAUGGUUUUUCUUUGGCAGAGAGAAUUUCAACAGUGGAAUCUGAUUCAGAAAUGAGAAGCAACACUCAUGGGAUGUCAAUGGAUCAUUGGUAAAUUCUGAAUCCAUGAAAAUGAUUUCUUGCUUCCAUUUUUCAAAAUUUCAACAACUCUCAAUGUUCUUGAACUUGUAAAUUUCAACAACUUUUCUGGCUUUUAUGUGUAUCUGUGGAAAGAAAGUUUGAACAGAGGGCUGUAAUAUGAAAAUUGUCAA